AUGGCUUUAUGCAAAGAAUGUAGACAGCCUAAUACUGGUGAUAUUGGAUGUAAGUCAUGUAAUGCUAAGCAUUUUCAACAAAAUUUCAAAAAUUGGACUAGUGGAAAUAAUGAAAUUGAAACACAUACUAAGGUUAUUUCACUUUGUGUAACUCGAUGUUUUGGCAUUACUAAAGAUCCAGAAUCUAAUAAUUUCAUGAUGGUAAUGGAAUAUGCAAAAGAUGGUAGUUUAAGACAAUAUUUAAAUAAUAUGAUAUUUUAUUCAAUAAAGUGGGGAGAUAAGUUGAAUAUUUUACAUAGGAUUGCAAAUGGCCUCAAUUCUAUUCAUAAAGAAGGAUUAAUUCAUCGUGAUUUUCAUAGUGGUAAUAUGUUAAAAGAUGGUGAUUUUACUAUUAUUACUGAUUGUCAACCAGCAAAUGUAAAAACUUCUCAAAAUGAAUAUGAAAACAAGGCUUCCUCUGAUAUUGCUCAUGAUAAAAUCUUAGCUAUUAGCAUUUGUCAAGGGCUUAGGCCAAAAUCUAAUUAUAAAAUUCCUCAAUUAAUUUUGGAUAUAAUUAAACAAUGUUUGGACGCUGAUCCUUUAAAACGACCUAAAUCAAAAGAAUUAUAUGAUUUAUUACUUGAUUUACAUCGUGAAUUAGAAACUUUAUAUGAUGAAUUUUAUUAUGAUCGUAUUGAUAAUAGUGAAGUCAAAAAGCAAUUUGAAGAAGCAGAAAGAAUUAAUGAAAAGCUUACUUCUACUUCAUUAUCAUAUAAUGGUACUACUCUCUCAUAUACUACAAAUCCUCAAGCAGUUUACACAAGUAGGCUUUUAAACUUUAAAAAUCUACCAGAACCAAAAAAUUCUAUUGAUAAUAAAGAUGACGAUAAUUCAAUUAGAGAAUAUUCGGAACCCAUAGAAGCAAUAGAUUUCACUAAACUCAAUUAG